AUGACGGUAAAGUAUGAUAGUGCACGGCUGAUUGAGGAAAAAGCUGAGGAGGUCACUGUUGAGGUUUCUGGUAGAAAGAAGGUUGAAAAGCAAAAAGCUACUUCGCCAGCAACUGUGACCAUACCUUUCCCUCAGCGCCAUAAGAAAGAGAGGGUGAAAGAGCAGUUCUCCAAGUUCUUAGAGAUCUUCAAGAAAGUGCAUAUUAAUAUUUCUUUGGUGGAAGCACUGCAGGAGAUGCCGCAGUAUGCUAGAUUCCUGAAGGACAUUAUCUCGGGGAAGAAGAGGCUGGGAGAGUUUGAGACGGUGAAUCUCAAUGAAGAAUGUAGCGCGAUUCUACAGAGGAAGCUACUGGCGAAGGUCAAAGAUCCGGGUAGUUUCACACAUUCCUGCAUUAUUGGAGGCCAGCAUUUCGGAAGGUCAUUCUGCGACUUGGGGGCGCGCAUAAAUCUCAUGCCUCUAUCUAUUUUUCAGCAACUGGCGAUUGGGGAAUUGAAACAUACUUCUCUGAGGCUGCAGAUGGCGGACAGGACCCAGGUGAUCAGAAUUCACAGGAAGGGAGCAUGGCUGGAAAAAGUGGAGCAGGGAGCAGCUGGUCGCAGCACUUCAUGUACCAGCCUCCUUGAAGAGUUUGCUAUUCUGUCGAGCUAA